AGUGGACUAAUAACAAACUUUUUAGAUUUUAGCUUCAAUAUUCUUCAACUGCUCCACCCGUUUCCUUGUUUGAUUGAGCAAAUUUCAUGUGUCCACCUUCGAGCUAACUUCACCGCAACCUCCAAUCAGUCAUCUCGUCUGUAAUUGUUUAGACUUAGUUGGUUUAAGCAGGUGUCAUUUUGUUAAAUCGCCGUUUCCUUUUUUGUCUUUUUCUUUGUCUCUCUUGUACUUCUAAGGUUCUUUGUAUGUAAUUGGUAAGCAUAAGCCGGAGGAUAAUCAUAUAACAACAACAACUACUCCAAAUUAAGCCAAAACAAAGCUUUACGUAACCAGAAAACUGUAUUUCUGUUUCUAAUUUUAUUUGACUUCACGCUUGUUACAUGAAGAAGAGGAAAGCAUGCCUGUAUUGCUUUUGAAAGAUACUUGGUUUUUGCAGCGCAGAAGCCAAGUUUUCAUGCCUCCCAAGUUUUUUCAGAGAUUGUAUUUGGAUGUACUUGGGUUUGUUUUUGUACUUUCGCCAAGUCUCUUUUAACAGAAAGAACUGUACCCUAUUUGUUAAAAGUGCCUUGAAAUGCACGCACUCUUUUUAUAUCUUUUCAUUGAAGCUCUCUAGUUUUUCACUUGGGCAUCUGUAAAAGUCUCUUGGUUUUCAGCGAUCAUGUGUUCAUCGAUAAAAUGGGCACUGUUUUUGGUGUUCGAGAAGAAAGUUGAUGGUUUUUGGUUUUGUCUAUGAAUGGUGUUUAAAAGGUGAGUUUUUUUUUCCCCUUUUCUUGUGGAUGUUCGGAAAUGAAGCAGAAGGGUUUAGGAGAGUCGGUGGGGAAGGUAGUGGUGGUUGCUGUAAAAGCAUCAAAGGAGAUCCCAAGAUCUGCUUUGAUGUGGGCUUUGACUCAUGUUGUUCAACCUGGUGAUUGCAUUAAGUUUCUUGUGGUUACCCCUGCUCUUCCUUCAGGUAAAAAGAUAUGGGGGCUUUCAAGAUUCACCAGUGAUUGCACCACUUCUCAAUGGAGAUCCCUCUCAGGAACUAGUGCAGAUCAGAAGGAUGAUAUUGUAGAUUCAUGCUCCCAAAUGAUGCAUCAGCUACAUGAUAUUUAUGACCCAGAGAAGAUAAAAGUCAGGGUAAAAAUUGUCUCUGGUUCACCCUGUGGAGUUGUGGCUGCUGAAGCGAAGAAAGCUCAAUCAAACUGGGUUAUAUUGGAUAAACAACUGAAACAUGAGAAGAAAUGUUGCAUGGACGAGCUACAAUGCAAUGUUGUGGUUAUGAAACGAUCUCAACCAAAGGUUCUUCGUUUGAAUUUAAUUGGAACACCAGCAAUUGAAUCUCAACUGGCUUGCCCAUUACCCUUUGAUUCAGAGGUACCUUUGAAACGCUCAUACAUGAUUAAAGCGCCAUUUGUGACUCCUGCAAGUAGUCCAGAGAAAGAGUCAUCAUUAACUGCAACAGAUUUUGGAACCUUGUCAAUGCCAAGUGCAGAUCCAGGGACCUUACCAUUUGCUAUCUCUGGAAUUUAUGGGAACCUGAAGAAAGAGUGCUCAUUUAUCUGUGAAGAAAGGCUACAUUUUUUUGGACCUGAUAGUGAUACAGAUGGUGAAAGUGCGGGUCCACCUUCUACAAGCUCUAGUUCCCAGCCAUGGUUGAGCGAGACUUUCAGCUCUAGUGGUGAAUCCAUAAAACAUUCAGAGGGAAGAUCACAAAGAGCCAAUGGUCCAGCUCUGACUUCCACAUAUGAGUUACUGUUGGAAAAGUUAUCUACUCUGAAUCGAGAACCUGAUAUCGGUGUGCUGAAUUAUAGGCUGGAUCUGAAGGUGAGCAAAAGUGUGAGAGAGGCAGUUUCAUUGUCCCGAAAUAAACCGCCAGGCCCUCCUCCAUUAUGUUCAAUAUGUCAACACAAGGCACCUGUAUUUGGCAAUCCUCCAAGGUGGUUCACGUAUGCUGAAUUGGAGCUGGCUACUGAUAAAUUUUCACAAAGAAAUUUCUUGGCUGAAGGUGGAUUUGGUUCUGUGCACCGGGGUGUCUUACCUGAUGGCCAGGUUGUUGCUGUCAAGCAACAUAAAUUGGCAAGUUCUCAAGGUGAUAAAGAAUUUUGUUCAGAAGUUGAGGUUUUAAGUUGCGCACAACAUCGCAAUGUUGUGAUGCUGAUUGGAUUCUGUGUGGAGGAUGGGAAGAGAUUGCUAGUUUAUGAAUACAUUUGCAAUGGGUCUUUGGAUUCUCAUCUUUAUGGACGUGAUCGAGAACCAUUGGAAUGGUCUGCAAGGCAAAAAAUUGCUGUAAGAGCAGCUCGAGGGUUGAGAUACCUUCAUGAAGAAUGCAGAGUGGGUUGUAUUGUCCACCGUGAUAUGCGCCCUAACAAUAUUCUUGUCACUCAUGAUUUUGAACCAUUAGUUGGGGAUUUUGGAUUAGCAAGGUGGCAACCAGAUGGAGACUUGGGAGUGGAAACAAGAGUAAUAGGAACAUUUGGGUAUUUAGCUCCAGAAUAUGCACAAAGUGGUCAAAUCACAGAAAAAGCUGAUGUCUACUCCUUUGGAGUGGUAUUAGUGGAGCUUAUUACAGGAAGGAAAGCUAUGGAUUUAUCCAGGCCAAAAGGUCAGCAGUGCCUCACCGAAUGGGCUCGCCCUUUACUUCUAAGACACGCCAUUGAUGAACUGGUUGACCCUAGCUUAGGCAAAUGCUACUCAGAGCAAGAGGUUUUUGGCAUGCUGCAAUGUGCCUCCUUCUGCAUCCGUCGAGACCCUCAUAAAAGGCCUCGUAUGUCACAAGUGCUUCGGAUGUUGGAAGGGGACAUUCUCAUGAAUUCAAAAAGUGACAUUUGAGUUUCCCAGCACAUCCGAAACAGCAGACAGCACGAGGAUUGCAGCAUGAAACAUCAACAGUGUAUCAAGGGUCAAUAUUGCUUCAGUCCAAUCUUGAUUUAGAAGGAACUUGAAAGUUGUCCCAUGGAUUGCAAAGGGCAGGUGACUCGGAGAGUAAAGAAAGCCUGCUGCCAUUUUGUUCUGUAAAAAGGUUUGUAAACAAAACAACACAAUUUUUGGCAUCAACCGCCUGUUUAUCAUGUGAAACCAAACUUUGUAUUUGUUUAUUGGAGAACCAUAACUUCACGUUGUUUCA